AUGUUUCACUGGAGCCUACCAUUACUUCUCAGCACUUUGUUCUUGGUGCCGAGUGCCUCAACUCUGGGUACCUCAUCAGGAACUGGCCCAACGAUCAAGUACACUGCAAGUCUCGGGGAAGGCGUUGAGUGCUUUAGCGAGGUCAACGCUGCGCGUGAGGCAGCUGGGCUGCCCAACUUCGCAACAGCUUCGGGCGGCAAUGCGUUAACUGCUCCGGAGGGAACAGAGCUACAGGAGGACAGCGAGUGGAAAAAGGUCUGCACGCAUUUGAUUCCGACGCAAGCAACGGAAGCAAUGGCUGGGUCGAGUACAGCGAAUCCUUUUCAAGACGGAACAUAUGCUUUCAAGUCCCUAACUGCUGCGAAGCCUGACUGCAAGGAAACAGUUGAUUACUGGAAGGCAGCCUACAAAAACUUCACUGGCCUUCCGCCAUCAAAGACUGAAGGCGAAACACUCUACAAAGAUCAAGACAAUGUUUCUUUUGUAGCCCUCUACAAUCCUUCUUCUGAUGCCACUGCAGACUGUCGAGUCGUCACUUGCACUCAAACAAUUACCUCUGCUACAGAUGAUGCAGAUGAUGCAGAGGAUCCAGUGGGGUCAAGUUAUGCGGGAGGCGACAACACAAAAAAUGGUUAUGCGUUGAUUUGCAAGACGAUGCCUGGUGCAUUUGGAACUGGCAGCUCUGCUCCAUUCACGCAGGAGCAGUGGGACAGGAUCGUAUCUUCUCUCACAGGUUCCGCAUCGAUAGCAGCUCCAAGUUUUGUUGCUCUUGCCAUUGUGGCAUUCGGCAUUAUGACUUUAUUGUGA